AAUCGCCAUUUCCUCUAACAACCACAAAAAAAAGAAAGAAAGAAAGAUGAGAAUCACUGGAUGAAAUCACAAGAAAGGCAAUCGCGACAAAGAAUCAGCCAAAAUCGGCAGGUGAGAAUCGCUAGUGAUCGAUUAACAGAGUAUGAAUUUCCUUCUAUAAGAUCGAUAAGUAAAAUCGCUAGAUGAGAAUCGCUGGAUCGAUUAACAGAGUAUGAAUUUCCUUCUACUAGACCGAUGGGUGAAAUUGCUACAAAGGAAAUGGUAUUGUUAGCUGAGAGUCAGUCUUUCCUUCACGGUCAUUCCUCUCUUUCCUUCAGGAGCGAUGGGUAAAAUCAGUCUUUCCUUUUACACUUGAGAAUCGACUCUUGAUCAACGAUUCCUGCGAUUCAUGAUAAUUAACACUCGAUUUGAUCACUCAUCUCCGAUCAGUGAGUGUUGGAGGAUUUUGGUUCGUGUGACACGAGUGUUAAUGUUACAUGUUGUCGGUGUAAAAUGAUGACAAGGCAAUAAAUUCAACCGAGAUGGUAUUCAUCGACGAACACACAUCAACAUGGCAAGUUUGCAUGAGUUGAUACUUGGCGGUUGACCCAACUAAAAUGGUGUUUGGCCUAUAUUUCUCUCCAAAGCUCAAAUAAGCCGGACAGUUUGCAUGAAGAUGGUACUUCCCGGAAAGAAACCUCCCCACCUUCCACCUGAUCAUUCCAUCAACUUUGACGUUGAUCAUCACCAUCCCCGCGCUCUCAUCCACAACGAGCUCCUCCCCGAGGUACGGUGCCAAGGACACAAACUUUCCACUGAGGAAAGGAGACCAAACAGUGAUGUCUUUGUGUCCUUGGUAAGACUCUGGGAGGGGAGCGGGGGUGGUGAUCCGCUGGCCUUUGUAGGCAGCGAAGACGCUGAGUUGGUCGUAGAACGCCCCUACGCGUGCGUUGGGAUUGGUGGAUACAAUCGUUAUCUGGAUGUCGGUUCCGACGUUGAGGUUCGGAGCGAUGAUGCCAGGAACAACUGUGGUGACGUUGAAGUCAUAGGCGGUGGCGUCUUGGAGGACGAAGGCGGGUUUGGUGGGGCGAAGGAUGAGCCAAGUAAGAAGGAGGGCGAAGAGGACGAGAAAGAUGAAAACAAGGACACCGAUGAUGCAUAGGGUAAGCAGGACGGCAGGUGUCAAUACCUUCCACUUUAAAUUUUUGUUGGAAUUGUUUGCACCAUCCUCGUUCGACAUUGUAUGGGUUGAUAAGUUCUUGAAUUUGUGGUGUUCUUGGAGGACUUAAAUAGAUCUUAUGAGUUCUA